AUGCGGCUCCCGUGCGAGCACGGGCUCCUGUGCUACGACUUCGGCAUGAUUGCCGCCUACCUCAACGGGCCCGAGGUUCAGAAGCAGCUUGGCGUCAGCAGGCACUGGGAAUCGUGCAACAUGAUGGUGGACGUGCAGUUCGUCCAGGCCGGUGACUGGAUGGUAAACUACCAGGGGCUAAUUCCGGACCUCCUCGCCGACGGCAUUAAGGUGCUCAUCUACGCUGGCGACCAGGACUUCAUUUGCAACUGGCUCGGCAACAUGAAGUGGACGCAGAAGCUAGAUUGGCCGCACCGGGCUGACUUCAACGUCGCCCCCAAUCGGGAUUACGAGCUGAACGGAGAGACAGUGGCGAAGCUCCGUACCAGCAAUGGUUUCAGCUUCAUGCAGGUGUUCAAUGCUGGUCACAUGGUGCCGAUGGAUCAGCCUGCAGUUGCUUUGCAGAUGUUCACAGACUUCACAACUGGCAGCUUGGGGAGCCACGUGGCAUCCGAGAUAAUUCUAGCGUAG